CACCCUGGGCAAUGCCUCCUCCUCUUCUUCCUCCUCCGCCGCCGCCUCCUCCUCCUUGCGGGCUGUCCACCCACCCUUUCACCACAAAGAAGGGGUCCUCCAUGGACAUGACGCCUGGCGUCCGUCGCCGUGCGGGCUUGCUUCCAAGUUGGUCCCCCCACGCCGUGCCCAGCGCUUCCCAGCCUGGGCCGCCCGUUCGCUUCCGAGGCUUGUUGCAACCCUCCGCUCGCCCCCUUUCCCCCUACGGGCUGGAGCAGCAGCAGCAGCGACGCCUCUCCGCCCCGCUCGCUCUUCUUCCCACUCAGCGGGUUUCAGCGCCCUUGGCCGGAGGAGCCCCCGUUCACGUGAGAAGGGAAGAGCGGCACUCCCCAUUGGAGCAGAAGGACGUCCACCUCGCCCCACGUGACGAGAUAGACUGAAGUGCCUCAGACUGACAUGGAUUUCAACUACCAGCAAUGUUUCUGAAUAAGACUUGUG